AGAACAUCGAACCAAAGUAGUACUAUCAAGGAAUGAUAAUGGUACUUUGACAUACAAGCAAAUUCGUCAUUGGUACUUCGAGGCUGAUAAAUCGAAUGGUACGCUAGAUGACGUCAUUACUUCUCUGAAUGUUCCUAUGGUGGCAGCUGCAGCAAAGGCGAAGAAAAUGAACCUAGUAAGUUUUUACUUGGGCUUAAAUGCUUUAUUCGCAAUGCUACAUCCUAGAUGGUUUAUUCAAAAACCAGUGAGAGAGCUGCUUUUUGAUGGAUACUCGGAUAUUCUUGUAACACUUGGCCAUAAAUUCAUGCAUAUUCCUUAUGACAAGUUUGGCUGGUUUUAUCAACGAAAUGGAUCAGAUGAUGGAAUAAUAAACAUCCAUACUGGGGAAAAUGAUAUAAAUAAUAUAGACGAAAUAUUCACGUGGAAAGACCAAAAUGAGACAGCGUCAUAUGCAUCUCCAUGCAACAAGAUUACAGGGUCUGCUGGAGAUAUGUGGCCCCCUUUUAUAUCUAGAGAAUCAAAGAUUACCAUGUUUGUUCCAGAUAUAUGCAGAUCCAUAUCCUUCACAUACUUAGAAGACGUAGACAUAAGGGAUAUAACAGCGUACAAGUUCUAUACAGAUAGAACACAAUUAGACAAUGGAAAAUAUGAUAAGAAUAACAAGUGUUUUUGCUAUGAAGAUCAGUGUCUUCCAGCUGGUGCUGUUAACGUCAGCGUCUGCAAGUUUGAUGCACCGGCUGUUGUGUCAUUCCCGCAUUUCUUGUUUGGGGAAUCUAUCUACACCGAUGGUGUAGAAGGGCUGGACCCAGAUCCCGAAAAACAUCUUAUGUACUUAGAUCUUGUACCAGAAUUAGGUGUGCCAUUAAACGUUGCUGCCAGAAUGCAAAUCAACAUAAUAUUUGAACGUGUUCCUGAAAUUUACCAAUUUCGGAACAUCUCAAAGACAAUAUAUUUCCCUAUGUUUUGGUUUAGUACGAAUGCAGUAACUGACGAAGAUGUUGCAUCCCAAUUUAGAGUAAUUACGAACACUUUACCAACUGUUGCCUUAGCAGUUAGCAUCGUUUUCAUUUCAAUUGGAGUAAUUCUUUGUGCCAUCGCCUUAUAUCUAGCCCGUCCUUGGAAUUUAUUAAAAAAGGAACAACCUACUUACGCAACAGUAAAUGAUGAGUAAAGGCCAAAAAGUCAUUCCAAAGAUCAUCACUGUGAAAUAUUAUAUCAUCAUUUUUAUAAAUCAUCAGAUUUUGAUUAUUUUUGUUUGUUACUUUUUAAUGCCAAAAAAUAAAUGUUAUAUUUUUACUUA